AAAAAUAAGAAGGAAAAGGCAAUUGAGCGGCUCAAAUUAUAUAUCUGCUUUGCGUCAUCGGCACUCUCGCUUUUUCUGGUGGCUCUGAAUAUUUUGAUUAUGGGAAUCAUUAUAAAGACCGUUGCAGCUCAAUUCAAUGGCUACAGCAUAUAUGGGGUGGCUUCUUUCCGGAUAAAAUCUGCCCAACGCUUUUCUGAGUCUUUUGUGGGGCCAGUUCGCCACGGUUUUUGGAUUCAAGUCGUCCAUGCUUCUGUCAAUCGCCAUUUUCGAAUUGUGGUCCUUGAUCGCCGCUCUGGCUACCUUUAUCAAUAUGCUCAUAGGAGGGAGAGUCAUCUCUGGUGUCGACGGAAGUGGCAUUCAAACGCUGUGUUUCGUGAUCGCAUCCACGUCGGUGACUGACCGUACCAGAGGCACUGUGGUCUCAGUUUGGGCGCCGCUUUAGCUGUUGGUUCGGUCGUGGGGACAUUCAUGAGCGGUCUUUUUGCAACCUAUGUUACGUGGAGAUGGCGUUCUACAUAAAUUUGCUCAUUGGAGGCCUUGCGUUUAUCGUCUUUGUUUUGCUAUAUAACCCACAUGGUCCGAAUAUCUUUGCCAGCUUCAUGGGAAUUCUCAGGAAGGUGAAAAGUGCCUCCUAUUCCCAAGUUUUGACGGCUAGUUACUAUAUAAGAUUUUACCUUUGCGAUCAUGUUUCAGUUCGAUGUUGUUGGAUUUGCACUUUCAUCAGCUGGGUUUACGCUGGUGCUUUUGGGAUUCACUUUUGGUGAGAACAAAAACAGCUCGAGUUCUGGAUGCAUUAUUACCUAUUACGUGGUUGGAAUUGUUUUGCUCAUUGCAGGUCUCAUUUAUGACUUUGUAACCUCGCGUGUGCUAAUACCCAAUAUUGCUAAAUCUGCGCCUGUUUUCGUUAUAACUCCCAACUUGUCUACAUUGUUGAGUAAUUCCAACUAGUUUGGGGGGAUUCAGCCUGGCAAGCUGGCGUACAUCUGAUAAUGCCUGUAAUGCCUGUCAUCGCCACCUUGAUAACAUCACCCUUUUGUGGAAUCACAGCGAGGAAAACUGCCUGUGUGAAGAUGUUGCUAGCAAUCGUAGGAGUAGCCGUCAGCGCGAGUCCUGGGAUGGUAAGUCCUCUCAGCGUUAGUACAAACAAUUCUGCGAAAAUUUUACUUUAAUGCUACCAUUUAUAUCGUUUUGGAUGCAUCAUGCAAGGUACUUUGCUGAGCUCGUAACUUCAGAUUCCCAAGCACACUCCAGCGGGCACACUUCAAUUUUAUUGCUGUGAUUAACUUCGAUACGUUCGCCAAAACGCUUGGGACGGCAUUUGUGGAGAUCGUAUCCAAUACCGUCUUUACAGUUUCGGCACACAACCAACUUUCCAAAAUCAAACCUGCGCUGCCCCACAGCAGUAAUGUUGAUGAAAGUAUCAGCUGGUGGGCUAAGAACUACGGUGAACGCGACUGA